AUGAAACUGAGAAGACAGUCUCUUUAGUCACAGAGUAAGAAUAAUGAAUAUGAUAGGAUGUUUGGGGUGGAGAACUUUUUUACUAUAUAACAAAGAUCAACAUUUGAUUGAAAUGUAGGCAGCCAAAAUAAUAAGAUAAAUAUUUACAGCAGUAGCAUAUUUAAAUGAACAUAAAUAAUUCAUGGAGAUUUAAAACCUGAAAAUUCUUAUAAAAAAGUAAGAAUGAUGAUAAAUAUUCAAUAAAAUUAGUUGAUUUUUGAUUGGCUAGAUUUUUCAGAUAGGAUGAUGUCAUAACCUAACCAAAUGGAAAUCUCAUUUAUAUGCUCCAGAGUAAUAUUCAUAUGAAGUUGAUUAUUGAUUAUUGGUCAAUGGGAGUGAUAUUAUAUGUUAUGAUGUGUGGAUAAACACCAUUUUCAGGAAAAAAUCCUUAAAAGAUUAUCAUAUUCGCAUUUUCUAAAGCUGGAUUCAAAGGAGCAAAAUUGUAGGUGAGGUUAGGGAUUAAAUUUAGAAAUUAUUAGUUAUGGAACCUAAGAGAAGAUUUACUUUUAAAUAAGCUUAUGGUAUAAUAGUCAUGAAUUGAUGAAUUU